AUGUCCCCAUAUUCCAUCAAAACCUUGCAACUGUCCUCAAAACAUUCAAUUUUAGUAAUGCCUUCUAUUCAGUUGGCGAUUAAUAUAUUGGUUAAUACAAGCGCGACAUACGAUUACAUUUGGUG